AUGACAUUGGCAACUUUCUUAAAGGUUAAUCCACCUAUGUUCAAGGGAACCACCAAUCCGACUGAAGUUGAUACUUGGUUUCAGGCCAUGGAGCGAGCACUGCAAGCGCAGUCGGUGCCUGAAGAGCAGCGUGUUGAAUUCGCUACCUAUCUGCUCACGGGGGAAGCAUUGCAUUGGUGGCAAGGGGCUCGACGUCUCCUGCAGCAGGGGAAUGAUCCUAUCACCUGGGGUACCUUCCAAGUGGAAUUUUAUAAGAAGUACUUUCCGAAUUCUGCUAGAACGGUCAAGGAACUUGAAUUACUGCAACUGAAGCAGGGUACAAUGUCCGUAGCUGAGUAUACGGAUAAAUUUGAGGGGUUAUUCAGGUAUUCUCGUAUGUGUCAAGGAACCCCGGGAGACUUCGAGGAAUGGAAGUGUAUUAAGUAUGAAGGAGGACUUCGAAGUGAAAUCCUGAGCUCCGUUGGACCGAUGGAGAUUAGGAUCUUCUCUGAACUUGUGAACAAGAGCCGUAUUGCUGAAGAAUGUGUGAGGAAGGUUGUUGAGGCAAAGAAUGACCGUCGGGAGUCCCACCGCUGUGGAAGUCAUCACCCAAAUAGGCCGUGCCGAUUGGGGUUAGGUGUAUGUUACAAGUGCGGGUUACCAGGGCAUGUAUCAAGAAAUUGCCAACAAGGAGAGAGUCAGGAUGCGGGUCGAUUGCGGCAGUAA